GAAACAAGCCCUAGACGAACAGGAAAUGGAUCUAGAAGUGGUGGGGCACCACGCGCUGCUCUUUGAUGAUGAUGCGAUGGCGUCGUUUGUCAGCUCCCAGGAGGCGCUCGUCGAGUGGAACUCUCUCUUCAUCGAUCGAUACGACGUGCGUCACCUCCUGUCCUCCCCUCCUCCCCCUCGCAAAAGGCGGUGCCACCCUUCCUCUCCGAUGCCAAAUCCGGAUGGUCAUUUGGAGUCUGAGCUCGAUGUCGAACGUUAUCAGGAUUUACCUCCUCCUUCUCCAUCACCAACCGAGAGCCAAGGUAAAAACAGCCGAUUUUGUUAGUUUUUAUUUUCAAAUCUGUAGCUUUGGCCAAGUUAUUUCUGCUAUGUUUUCUUUAGUUUUUGUUGGUUCUGAUACUGCAAAGACAUAUAACUCUUCCCGGAUGAUUUAUGAUUAUCCAAUUGAAAGCAUCUUUUUUCUGCUGGAUUAACCAAUUUUGCUUGCAAUAUUGAAAAGUUUUAGUCUUUUGGUUAGAAGAAGAUGCUAAGAUGGAGUGUCCUUU